CUUUGCGUUUCUCACAGGUACCCUGCUCCAACUUAGGCCAUUCUCGGUUCCGCUUACACCUGAAUUUGUGCGUAAGAGGAUAGCCCUCUCCCAGGCCCCGUUUUCCGCGUUUUUUAAUUAUUUAUUUCCGUGUAAACUGCAGUCUUGAUAUAAAAACAUUGAUGGUCGAUAAUUUAGCCCUGCGUUGAGGGCCCCGGGGAGAACCGCACAGGAUUAUAAAGUCACCUCAGAGCUCCGUGUUCAUCCAGCGACAUGGCUCGACCACGGCCGCGGGAGUACAAGGCAGGAGAUUUGGUUUUCGCUAAGAUGAAGGGAUACCCGCACUGGCCGGCGAGGAUUGAUGAGCUUCCAGAGGGAGCUGUCAAGCCGCCCGCCAACAAGUACCCCAUCUUCUUCUUUGGGACUCAUGAAACUGCGUUCUUGGGCCCGAAGGAUCUUCUGCCCUACAAGGAGUAUAAAGACAAAUUUGGCAAGUCCAACAAGAGGAAAGGCUUCAACGAGGGCCUGUGGGAGAUCGAGAACAACCCCGGAGUGAAGUUCACAGGCUAUCAGGCCAUCCAGCAACAGAGUUCAUCAGAAACAGAAGAGGGCGGAAACGCUGCUGAUGGCAGCAGUGAGGGCGAGGAGGGCGACUCUGUGGAGGAGGAAGACGACAAGGAGAAGCUGAAGGGAGACAAGACCGGAUCCAAACGGAAAAAGACGGCCGCCUCCAAGCAGAAAUCCUCCAAGCUGUCGAGGAUCUCAUCUGGAGAGGACGACCUGGAGAAGGACGGGAAAGAUGACGACCAGAAGAGCGGCUCGGAGGGAGGAGACCCCGACAACGACAUCAUCCAAAAUACCACCGACAGUAAGAACCAGCUGCUCAUAGAGGAACAUUAAGUGAAGAAAGCACGAGGAGGAAAUCGUUCUUUGUAGCUGUGAUGAUGGAAAAGUGAACCUACAACAUGAUUUCUCAUCAGCACCAUCUGCUGGCUGCCAUCCUCACCUCCACCCUCCGUUGGACUCCAGUGUGUGUUUGUACGAAAGAUGCACCCAUACUGAUACUGGUACCAGUUGUCACAUGGAUGCCAGUGUUUAACCCUUGAAAACCUGGAAUGACAUCAGUUCUCUUCUUCCUGCGUUCAGACGUCUUUCACGUGCAUUUAAACCUUUGAGACCUGAGAAAUUUGGUUUGAUUUCUUUUGAAAACACAGCUAAAAAGGAAAUCAGACACCUGGCAAGAGAUGUCCUACAAGCUGCAAGAAAUUAGGAAAAAGAGACACAAAAAUGACCUGAAAAUAAGUUUUGAAACUAAAAGCGAGACAGAGAAGUUAUUCAAAGUUAAUAGUAUUUUCUAAAAAAAAUAAA